AUGUUUGGUGAAAAAGUUAUUGAGUUAAUAAAAGAAUCCGAAAGAAAUCGAGACACAAUCGACCAAUAUAACGAUGAGAAAGUUCGUCAGAUCAUCGAGGAGAUGCACGUAUUGUUUAAAAUGAACAUGGCAGACGCGAACGCAACGACCGAGAACAAAUCCCUAUGGACGACCGUCCAGGUGAGGCACUCCGCUUUGGAGAGGAACAAACGUUGCCUCCUCGCGUACCUCCACAGCCGGAUGGGCAAGAUAAAGACGCUGCGCUGGGAGUUCGGCUCGGCUCUCCCUUCCGACGUCAGGGAGCUGCUCUCGGACAGCGAGUACGAGUGGUUCAGCAAGUAUUCGACGAGCCUCGCCGCUUACAUGAGGUCCCUGGGCCGCGAGAUCGGCUACAGCGGGAUCGACCUCACCGAGAACCUCCGCCCGCCAAAGUCGCUGUACGUCGAGGUGCUGUGCCUCACCGACUAUGGCAAGCUCGAGCUGGAGGACGGCGACGUGGUGCUGCUGAAGAAGCACAGCAGGCACUUCCUGCCGACCUCCGAGUGCCAGACCCUCAUACGGCGGGGCGUCUUGAGGCAGAUCACG